AUGGAAAAACUUAUUGAACUAGAAUAUAAUCGUCUCUAUAAUGAAAAUGCUAAAAAUUUAACUGAUUUUAUGUUUUCGACACGUGAUACACAUGCUACUGAAUAUUUUACUGCAUUAAAAAAUUUACUGGAACAAUUAUAUACAAAACCAUUACCAAAAACCCUUGAAACCUAUGCUCGAUAUAGUUAUAAAACGAUUGAAUCAAUGUUACGACAAUUACGCCAAUCCAAUAUUGCUGUUGGACAAACUGAUAAAAGUAAAUUAUUUUCCCUUAUUGAUGCACAAGAAUAUAAAGAAAAAAUAAGAAAAAUUAUAUGAUAAAAAUAAAGGCAUGGAUUUAAGUGAUCAGUAAAAUAGAUAAUAUGAUCAGUAGGAAAAAAUAUUAUAAAAUCAGUUGAUUGAAUGAAUGAUCAGUUAUAUAUUGAAGUACCAGUAAACUAUAUAUAUGA